AUGGCUACUGCAUCUGCAUGCCAACCGUUUCAAGAAGGGAAGCAGCCACAGCAGCAUCUGCCACUGCACCAUGGUGGUUCUGUUCUUCCUCCAGUGUACAGAGGCACGGCUCUGCCUCUGCGACAGGCCAGCUCGGUGCCGCAUCCGGCCGCGCAGGAGCCGCCGCCGCCGUCGUCGGGGAGGAGCGCGACGGAGGCGCAGACCAUGAAGGUACACAGCGAGGCCGAGAGGCGGCGGCGGGAGAGGAUCAACGCCCAUCUCGCUGCCCUAAGGAGGAUGAUCCCUGAUGCUCGGCUGAUGGACAAGGCCACCUUGCUAGCCAGGGUGGUUUGCCAGCUGAAGGACCUGAAGAGGAAAGCGGCCGAAACCACACCUCCACUGCCCAUCCCUGCAGAGGCCAACGGCAUCACCGUCAACUGCCGCACGGGCGGCGCCGCCGCCGGCUACGGGAGGCCGGCAGCGUACAUCAAGGCCUCCGUCAGCUGCGACGACCGGCCGGGCCUCCUCGCCGACCUCGCCGGAGCGCUCCGUGGUCUGAGGCUGAGGCCGCUGAGAGCAGACAUGGCCUCCCUCGGAGGCAGGGCGCGGUGUGAGUUCGUGCUGUGCGGGGAGGAGGGCGGUGCGGCGAGUGCUGGCCGCGUGAAGGCUCUGGAGGAGGGUGUCAGGCGGGCGCUGGCCAGUGCCGCGUUCCCGGAGACGGCGUACGGAUGCAACUAUAGGAGCAGGAGGCAGAGGAUUUUGGAAUCUCAUUGUGUGCUUGGACAUGAGCUCGAUCUCGGUGAUCAGGGGUGGUGA